ACCGCAAUUGCCUCACAUCAAUUGUCUUAUACACACCAAAAACCCUUCUUAACUGUUCAUAACCAUGUCUCGACACGUCGCAUCCGGCAAGAACGGGGACAUGUCCCGCAACUAUAUCGAAGACCGCGCUGCCAAGAGCCAGGACACUCUAUACACCACGAGCAACGGCGCCCCAUACCCUCACCCAUACGAGACCCAGCGUGCUGGCACGAACGGGCCUCUCCUUCUCCAAGACUUCCACCUGGUCGACCUUCUCUCCCACUUCGAUCGCGAGAGGAUUCCAGAGCGUGUCGUUCACGCAAAGGGCAGCGGUGCUCAUGGCUUCUACAAGACCACAAACCCUCUGGAUGACCUGUCUUGUGCAGACAUCUUCAAAGCUGGCAAGGAGUGCCCCAUCACCGUCCGCUUCUCUACCGUGGGAGGCGAGUCUGGUUCUCAUGAUUGUGCUCGCGACCCUCGAGGGUUCUCUGUCAAGUUCCGGACUGACGAAGGCAACUGGGACGUGGUGGCAAACAACACUCCUGUCUUCUUCCUAAGAGACCCUGCCAAGUUCCCACACUUCAUCCACACCCAGAAGCGUGACCCUGCCACCCACCUUACCCACGCAGACGACUCGACCGCCUUCUGGGACUACCUAUCUCAGAACCCCGAGUCAAUCCAUCAAGUCAUGAUUCUCAUGGGCGACCGUGGCAUCCCCGAUGGGUACCGCUUCAUGCACGGAUACUAUGGACACACAAUGAAGUUGGUGAACAAGUCCGGCGAGUGGGUGUACUGCCAGAUGCACUUUAAGUCGAAGCAAGGGACCAAGUUCAUCACUCAGGCGGACGCCACUACAAAAUCGCCGGAUCAUAGUCAAAAGGACCUGUUCUUUGCCAUCGAGCGGGGCGAAUUCCCUUCUUGGGAUGUCGAGGUGCAAACCAUGACGCCGAAGGAGGCCGAGGAGCUCUGGGAGAAGCAGAGGAUCAACGUUUUCGAUCUGACCCAUGUCUGGCCGCAGAAGCAGUUCCCUCGUCGCAAGGUCGGAGAGUUCACGCUUAACGAGAACGCGAAGAACUACUUUGCCGAGAUCGAGCAGGUUACGUUCAACCCGUCGCACUUGGUGCCGGGUAUUGAGCCAUCGGCGGAUCCGGUGCUGCAGUCGCGGUUGUUCAGCUACCCAGACACUCACCGCCACCGUGUUGGUCCCAACUACCAGCAGCUGCCCGUCAACGCCCCUCGCGUACCCUAUCGUAUGGCCAACUUCCAGCGCGACGGCGCCAUGUCCUUCUACAACCAGGGUUCUCGACCAAACUACUUAUCUUCGAUCGAGCCCAUCUCUUUCCGCAACCGGACAGUCGAUCUUAACAAGACUCACGGCAACUUCACCGGCGACGCUGUCACUUUCCUCUCCGAAAUCCGACCCGAGGACUUCAACGGCCCGCGGGCGUUGUGGGAGAAGGUCUUCGAUGACGGCGCGAAGGAGCGCUUCGUCGGCAACGUGUCGGGCCAUAUGGCGAACUGCUCGGAUAAAGAGAUCAUCAAGCGCCAGAUCGGUAUCUUCCGCGAGGUGUCAGACGACCUCGCGACUCGCUUGGAGAAGGCGACGGGUGUCAAGGGAUAUCCGGGCAUUGGGGACCUGAAGUUCAAUGGCACGCACAAUGGUAUGGCCAGUGAUAGCAGCUUGUGGGCUGCGAAUGGUGUCGAGGAUGUUGCGUUCAACGACAACCCCAACGGCGCGCCUGUCAGCGGGACCCAUAGGGGCAUCACUGCCUAAGUAUGCCAGCGGCUUUGAGAUGGAGAAAAUAGAGAAUGAAACGCAUUGACUGUUAUACUCUACAUAUAGAUGCAAGGAAAUGGGAAUACCAGAAUGAUUGAACUUGGGUUCAAAGAAUGUAACAAGAAACAGUUGCAGAACUAAGAUAUAUCCAUGUGAACGCUGGUGCAGUUCGAGUGGUAGCUAGCCCUACUGGUUCUACUGCUGGCGGACCGACUGUGGACAGUGCUAAGCCACCAUCUGGAGUUCUUUGGUGCAUG